CUGGCGCGGGGCGGGAGUCGCGGCCGCAGCUGAGGCCGGCGGCGAGCGGAGCCCAACCGGGCCGCACCGGACCGCGCCUCGGCCGCCAUGCCGCGGGAGAUCAUCACUCUGCAGCUGGGCCAGUGCGGCAACCAAAUCGGGUUCGAGUUCUGGAAGCAGCUCUGUGCCGAGCAUGGCAUCAGCCCUGAGGGCAUCGUGGAGGAGUUCGCCACCGAGGGCACCGACCGCAAGGACGUCUUCUUCUACCAGGCAGACGAUGAGCACUACAUCCCACGCGCCGUGCUGCUGGACCUGGAGCCCCGAGUCAUCCACUCCAUCCUCAACUCCCCGUACGCCAACCUCUACAACCCCGAGAACAUUUACCUGUCUGAGCACGGCGGCGGCGCCGGCAACAACUGGGCCAGCGGCUUCUCGCAGGGGGAAAAAAUUCACGAAGAUAUUUUUGAUAUAAUAGACAGAGAAGCUGAUGGCAGCGACAGUUUGGAAGGCUUUGUGCUUUGCCACUCCAUCGCCGGUGGCACAGGUUCUGGGCUGGGCUCCUACCUGCUGGAGAGGCUGAAUGACAGGUAUCCCAAGAAGCUGGUGGAGACCUACUCGGUGUUCCCAAACCAGGAUGAGAUGAGUGAUGUUGUUGUCCAGCCCUACAACUCCUUGCUGACGCUGAAGAGGCUGACCCAGAAUGCUGACUGCGUGGUGGUCCUGGACAACACAGCCCUGAACCGGAUUGCCACAGACCGGCUGCACAUCCAGAACCCAUCCUUCUCCCAGAUCAACCAGCUGGUCUCCACCAUCAUGUCUGCCAGCACCACCACGCUGAGGUACCCUGGCUACAUGAACAACGACCUGAUCGGGCUGAUUGCCUCGCUCAUCCCCACGCCGCGCCUGCACUUCCUCAUGACUGGCUACACACCGCUCACCACCGACCAGUCGGUGGCCAGUGUGAGGAAGACCACUGUGCUGGAUGUGAUGAGGAGAUUGCUACAGCCAAAAAACGUGAUGGUGUCCACUGGGCGAGACAGGCAGACCAACCACUGCUACAUUGCCAUCCUCAACAUCAUCCAGGGGGAGGUGGAUCCUACGCAGGUUCACAAGAGCCUGCAGCGGAUCCGGGAGCGGAAGUUGGCCAACUUCAUCCCCUGGGGUCCUGCCAGCAUCCAGGUGGCUUUGUCCCGCAAGUCACCCUACCUGCCGUCCGCGCACCGUGUCAGCGGCCUCAUGAUGGCAAACCACACCAAUAUCUCCUCGCUGUUCGAGCGGACGUGCCGGCAGUACGACAAGCUGCGCAAGCGCGAGGCCUUCCUGGAGCAGUUCCGCAAGGAGGACAUCUUCAAGGACAACUUCGACGAGCUGGACAACUCCCGGGAGAUCGUGCAGCAGCUGAUCGACGAGUACCACGCGGCCACGCGCCCGGACUACAUCUCCUGGGGCACGCAGGAGCAGUGAGCGACCCGCGGGGACAGGAGGCUCCCACGGACGCCUCCGUGCACUCGGCAGAGCUCAGUCUGUGCCGCGCACACCUCUAGCACCCCUCAGCGCUGCCCGGGCGCGGUGGAGCUUGCGCUGGCCGCUCACGCUGCGCUCCUCUGUGGAAGCAGCUCUCCCCCUGAACACCCUCGGUGGGGGACAGCCUCUGCUCCACUUCGUGCCCUGACCCAGGGUGGGACUGGGGCAGCUGUGCCAGUGCUGGUAGAGAGCCUCUGCCCGUGGGGGCAACACUCACGAGGGAGAGGAGAGUGAACGCUCACGAGGAGGAGCUUGGAACAGGCCUGGCCCGAAUGGUUGGGUGCACAAGACUCCUGUGGCCAAAGGCUGUGUGUGGCUGAGCCAGUCCUCACCCCGGGCAGGAGCCUUGUUCCUCCUUCACCAGUCCAGGCCUGGGGCCCAGCUCUAGCUAUAUUUUUGUAGGCUAUUUUGCUUUAAUAAAGGCUGUUCCUGCACUGA